UCGCCACGUGUAUUUGGAAGGUAUGGAGGCGGCCUCCAUCUUUGUUCACGUGUCUGUACAUGACAUCACUGGUAAGGGCAAGGUGUCCAGCGGCAUCAAAGGGCUGUUUCACAGAAAUCCAAAGCAGGCUUCUCUCGACAGCCAUGCUGCUGCACAGCUUAGCCAUAAGCACACGUUCGGCGCCCACCUGCUGCGCCGCACGGCCAGCGCGCCCACCAAGGUCCUGCCCAAGGUCAAGGAGGGUCUCCCCGAGAUUGCCACCGACACCAAAGAUUACCGCUCAGAAGGCACCAGCGAGGACCGGGAGUUAGAGGACAGACACCUCAUUGCUUCCUCCCAGCCCCCGCUGCUCCACCAGGGCACCUGGGACACCACGGCCACCGUUGCCCCCGCCGCAUCACGCCAAGGCACCAACAGGCACCAUGGCACCAACGAGGCUUUCCACCCCGACGAGGGCAAAGACCCUUCCACAGUGCAGAGACCAGCUCCCCCUAUUCGACUGCUCGCACCAAUCGCUGAUGAACUGGGGGACCGCCAUCUCACUCACUCCUCUUCCACUCCAGCAGACCACUCAUCCACACGUCACUCCCCACCUCCACCGCUCCCUAUAUCCACAGCAAUCACCAUCUUCAGCUCAUCCCCGGCUUCUAAGAGUGAGGCGGACAGUCCCGUUAACGGUAGGGGGGAGGAGGCUCCCGUUAACGGUAGGGGGGAGGAGGCUCCUGUUAACGGUAGGGGGGAGGAGGCUCCCGUUAACGGACCCCAAAGACCUGAAACCCUCACAGUACAGCGGAGACCCCGGGUCGAUGAUGGCACCUCGUCACCAGUGGGGCACUCUCCAUGCCGAGUGGAAGCACCGUAUACUCAGUCAGGCCACACAAAGGACGAUGCUGAACUCAAGACUGAGCUAAGUGCAAAGUCCCCUGUUCCUCUCGCCGACCCCUCUGUAGACGCCAGCCCUCUGAAAGUCCAGGCCCUGAGAGCUCUGUUUGGCAGCAGCCCAUUGAACACGCCUGUCAGAAGGACCAAAAUCGAGGGCCACGUGCAGGCGGUGGCUGGGGGGCAGCAGCAGUCAUCAGCCAUGCCAGAGGUGUGCACCGACGCCACCCUGAACGACCAGCUGUGGAGCAAGCUGGAGCCCAAGCCAGGCAGCCACAGAGACAGCGUGUCCUCAUCCUCCAGCAUAUCGUCCAACGACACCGUCAUUGACCUGUCCCUGCCCAAUCUGGCCAGGAAGAGCCUCACCUGUCAGAGCAACGGAACCUCCCCGGGUGACAUCUUUCCAGAUCCACCCUCCUGGGUCAACCGGCCACGCUCUGCCAUAGCCUCCUUCGAGGCACUGCAGGUCAGCAAGAGCAAGUCCAACCCCAACCUCCUGCAGGGCCACCUGGGGGAACCAGAAGACGAACUGCAACCCAGGCCCCUCGGCACCCCCAGGGAAUCUCCAGUGGACUCACCCAGCAGAAUAACCCAGAGGAGGCACACCUGGAGCCGCCUCUACAUGGAAGGGCUGAAGCAUUCCUCCCCCCCAGCCAAGAAGCCCUCUGCUGCCGCAACCAGCCCCCGGGAUACCGUGGCCUCUAUGUCUAAGAGCCUGGGGGACUUGACCUCGGAUGACAUUGCCUGCAACUUUGACAGCAAGUACCGCAGCAUCACCCGCAGCUUCAUCAUUAGGCCUUCCCGGAACGACCUGUGGCAGGGUUACCCUAACCAUAAUCCCCAGAGGCCCCGGCUGCCCAGCGACCUAACUGAGCAGCUGAGGAGGCUGACGGACGUGGAGCCCCUGACAGCUCGCGACUUUGUCCCCCAGGUGCGCCAGGGGCCCCUGGAGGAGCCUCAGGAGGUGCCCCCGCUACGGAGGACGUCGUCCCGGAGCCAGAGCAGGGUGCGCUACAUCGCCAACAGGGCCAAGCAGGCCCAAGAGAGGCAGAGGCUGCAGUGUCUCAGCCAGUCCCACCCUGCUACUGGUGCUGCUAAUGCUAGCAUUAGCGGUGGCGGUAACCCCAUGGAGGAGCGGGGGAACCCGGAGGGGGCGUGCUGCGUAGCCCGGAGCCCCUGCGCUAGCCUGGACCUGCUGAGCCAGCUCAGCACCCCAGGGCCCACCAACAGACAGUCCCAGACCUCCCUGAACUCUGACAAUGAGGUAUUUUUCAUGCUCAAGCUCUGAGAAUCAUACUCCUUUUGGAACUGAGCGUGAGAGAGACAUAGAAGCAUAACUCAUUUAAAAUUCCAUCCAGCUUUCCAGGAAGGUAAAUUGUCAUUUUUAUUAAAGGAAUGACAUUCUGUAUAUCUUGAUAGGAUGUGUUUUUAAAUGUAUUUAAUCAAGCAGAAUCAUGCUACUUCCAGACAGUCACAAGCAGUUUUACUCUGGUCAAUGUGUUCAGUAACUCACAUCAACUAUGAACACCUAUACACAGCAAAUGCCUAGCUAGUCACAAUGGAUGGACUAGUCAUUUUUACCACAAUGGUCACAACAAACACCAAAUAAUUGCUCAGAAAUAAUAGAAACAGCAAUGAUUUGUCUAUGAAAACAUCCUUUACCAAUGCACUCAUUUGUUUGCACCAAAUGAGGAACGGUGGAAUGUGAUUGGAUAAGCAAUGCCUGCCUGACUGUCUAGGUUCACAGUGACGGCCCAUGUUUGUAUGUGCCUGACUGUCUCGGUACACAGUGACUUCCAUGUUUGUAUAUACCUGACUGUCUAGGUACACAGUGACUUCCAUGUUUGUAUAUGCCUGACUGUCUAGGUACACAGUGACUUCCAUGUUUGUAUAUGCCUGACUGUCUAGGUACACAGUGACUUCCAUGUUUGUAUAUACCUGACUGUCUAGGUACACAGUGACUUCCAUGUUUGUAUAUGCCUGACUGUCUAGGUACACAGUGACUUCCAUGUUUGUAUAUACCUGACUGUCUAGGUACACAGUGACUUCCAUGUUUGUAUAUACCUGACUGUCUAGGUUCAACGACUUUUAUGUUUCGAGUAUUCAUUGUGAGUUGAGCUGAUCCUAAAGUAGCAAUAGACGACCAUUAGUGGAGUUUUACUAUUCUAAAACCCUUUUUAAACUUCAAAUUUUAACGAUAUGUAUAUACUGUACUUUUAAAAUGUGUAGAGAUGUUUUUUAAAAAUAUUUAUUGAGCCAGUAGUUCUGAAAGUAGCGCUCAUGAGACAAAACUGGUCCUCGAUAAUUACGUACUACGACACGUGCAGGUGUGUGCAGCACAUCUUAGCUUUCUCUUUUGCUCUGCUUUGUGUGUAUCUUGCUAGCUGUCACUCAAACGGCGAGGGGCUGAAGCUCAUUGGCUUGAACUUGAAUUGCUCGGGGGCUGACCCAUGUGGGGGAAAAUGUAGGGAAAAUGGCACCUCACCUUCCAGCUUUCAAACUAGAGAUUCCGUGGCUAAUUUGAGGUUAGACAGUAAUUAUUGUCAUAGGUUAUGCAUGUAUGAUUUACAUGUUGACACAUCCAGCCCAAAGCGGGAGGUUUAUAAAAUACUUACUAGUCUCCAAAGUUCUUGAGCAUGUCUUUUAAGAUUGAAUAAAAAACUUUGUUAACUCAUUAUAUAGCACCAGUAGCCCAGCCAUGUGCUAGAAAUAUUUGUAAACAACUUAAACAAGUGUAAUAUAUUGCAGAUUAUGGAUUUUAAAAAAAGAGGGCCGGUUGGGUUGUUUAGUCAAUGUGGAGUCUUUACUGAAAAGGAUGCGUAAAUGGGAACAAUAAUUAUUAUUUUUCCCAAAAAGUCUUAAAUCACACUUCACUGUACUCACAAAAUGUAAAAAGUUGGAUUUGAGUGAGCAGCCAGUGAUUUGGGAAACUGUACCAUACAAGUUAUUCUACUUCAAGACUCUACUCAUGCUACCUGUUUUUUAUUUGACUGCAUGUUUUUUUUAAACACUUAUGUACAUCGCUCUUAUUUUAUUAUACAAAAAAAAGUGUUUUAAAUGGGGAACUGAUUUGUCGACCACUUCUUGUCUUUGCUCAGUGUUCAGGCUGUUGAAUGAUGAUUGGUUCCACUGUCUUUGUAGAUACUCAACCAGAUAGCAUUGACCCCGUUUCCAAGCAUGUUUAUUUGUUCUGUACAGUUUGCACUGCCAUGCCAGUUCUCCGCAAAACUUUUGGAACAAUAUUGAAGUAAAAACCAGAUGUAAUUAUGAACUGAAUAAAUCUCUCUUUCACAAGCUUAUUUUGUUAAUUCAA